AUGUGGCACCUCCCUCUGCGGUUGGUUCAGCGGUCCUGGGCGUCGCCUCCCCUUCCAGGGACUGUGCCGGGACCCCCGUUCCACAUCGACGGCCCCUGCGUCUCGGUUCUGCGCUGGGACUUCGCCGCUGGCUGGCAGAUCCCUCUAACCAAAAAGUUUGAUAAUGAUAAAGACUACGAAAACUACACCACAACGUUUGCAGUAUUCUUACCUGCCAAAGUUAAAAAAGCUGAACUGACGUUGAAGAAGAAGAAGAAUAUAGCCUGGUCCACAUUAGACCUACUGUCCAGUCUAUUUGUGAAUCGUGAAUAUCCAUGGAAGGGUUUCUACAGAUAUCAAGCCCCUCUCCCUGCAGCCACUCCUGCCAGACCCCCUACUUUCUCAGGACGGGACUUCAUUACCAAACACAGGAUUGCUCUAGAAACUCGCCUGGGAAUCUUGCAGCCCAUUCUCUCGCAUCUGGAGGAUCAGAAAGUUCUGAAUGCUGAGGAGAAGGAGGAGGUGGUCAGUAAAUCCACCAAGACCCUACAGAACCAAGCCCUGCUGGACAUGGUUGUGAGGAAGGGGGCUCGCGCCCAGGAACACUUCUACCAGGUCCUGAAGAAAGUAAAUCCCUACCUGGUCGAAGACCUGGAAGAGCAGACAGUCUGAGACAGGUAGCCAUGGAUACCACCUCACAACCUCAGAAGAUAUAAUAUCACUAUACUAAUAAAUGAUCUGAGAGAGACAGACAGACAGAGGUAGCCAUGGAUACCACCUCACAACCUCAGACGAUAUCAAAACAUUUAUCAGAGACAGAGAGCAGUACUUUGAGGAGGAGCCAUCCUGACCAGAGGUGGUUGGUGUGUAACGUGAUUGGACCCCAUUCUCACCGGCACUCCCAUCAGUCUGUAGUUUACUAUACAAGCCCCAGGUCUCAGGCAAGGUGACAUCACUGUGAGGCUACUGUCUACCACACAACCUACCUGUGUUACUCUGGUACACUGGCUGCAGACUACAAGAUCAGGGACUAUGAUGUUUUUAAUAGUAAUAAAAUACAUUAUUUUAAAUUACUGAGUAUGUUUACAUGCACAGUAAUAUAAUUAAUAGUAAUAUAUUAAUCUGACUAUCCAGCAUGUAACCAUACUCACUGUAGUGCAU